AUGCCGGAACCGUUUAACUGGAACCAAACAUGCUCAGGCAUUGCGGGAAAGUCACAGGAAAUCUGGAAAGAAUCAGAGCUCGGCGAGUGGUUUGUCGUGAUUACUGCCGGCGCUGCCAUAGCUGCCGGUAUCUUGGGUAGUGUUGCCUCGCUUGUACCGGCAGCCUCAGCAAUCGGAGGGUUUGGUAGUGGCCUUGCAACUAUCGCAGGUGGUGUCCUCACGCAUAUGAAUGAAAGGCAGUCUGCUGAGCUGGAGCCGAAGUUCAACGACUUUACCGAGAUCACCAGUUACAUCGCAAAUUCUUCGCAGUCUAUGCAGAACAGCAUUGAGCAAUAUUCCCGGUGGCUUCUAAACGAGAUCCCCUCCAACGACCGUUCGAAUGGCGUCUUUUACGUCGACGAUCCUCAGUCGCUCCCGAACGUCCUCCUGAACGGUGACUUUGCCGAACCAAGAACCGUCAAACGACUUCCCGAUGAGAUUUAUAUCUCCUUGUUUAGCGCCGCAAUCUCCAUUCUUUGGAAAGGAGAAGCCGCGAAUGUUGUCAGAGUUCCCCACAAUACGUUGGUGACAAGUGUGCCUCCCUGUGAGGAUGAGAAUUUCUUCAGUGAAAAUAAGUGGUGCGAUAGCGAAGGUAACGCAUAUCUCCUACUUGGCUGGGACAGGGGUAAGUAUAAAGUGCCGUGGCAGGAAGGCCUCGCGGACAGUUUGAAGGAUCUCAAAGGCUUGGAUAAGCUUGGGGCCUAUAGGCUCGACAUUGAGACUGUUGCAAAGGCAUCUGAACACGCAGCGACAUUGAACAACGGCAAUGCUUACUAUGAAUGGAACACCGAGCGGACCAUCGAGCAUAUGAGGGGAGGCGAGCACACUUUGGCGAAGUUUUCCGGCUUCAAUUUGCCCUUCUGUGAUAUGGGUGAUUACUAUCCUCUCGAAGAAGAUGAGUGCGACAAUGAGAUCACCACACGCUUCAGGCUGAUGGCUUUGGCAGAACCCAAAUCCCAACGCAAAGGAAGUUUUAGCGACUUCAUGGACCGAAUGCUCCACCGUGAUCACCACGAAAAUAAGGAGCAUCCCAAUGAGGACAAGGAAACCCAUGAGCCUCACCAUGAGGACGAACCACACAAGGAGAAUGACAUGGACCGACUCAAGGACACCGCUAGGAAGGGCGAGGAGAUGCAGAAUGAUGUUAGGGCUUACGACAAUCUGUUGUGA